AUGCCAUCCAACGCCUUGGACUUUGGAACGCUCUCAAAGAGCUCAAACAUGAAGCGCAAGCAGAGCUCUCCCAAGUCCCUGCUCGCAGCGCUAGGCAAACCGGCCAGCACGCGUGGAUACAACGCGCCGCCGUCUGCCUACGCGCAACACCAACCAGGAUCGUACGCUCCGAGUCUCGCCUCGUCAGACGAGUCGCACGAGACCGGGGGUGGAUGGAGCAACUAUGCAGAGUCGUCGCGUGGACCUGGAUCGGCUGUGCGAUCCGUUUCUGGAUCGACGACGAACAGCUUGUCCGUCUACUCGCGCCAGAGCACCACGCCUCGGCAGAUCCGCCGCGUAGACGAUGUGUACCAUCUCGUUCGCGAGCGACUCGUGGCAUGGAGCUACCUCAUGCAGUUCUACAACGGUGACGUUCCCUGGCUCAACAGCAUCCACGUCGCGCGUUCCCAGCUUGAAGCCGCUAUGGGUGCAAAGGCCCUCGACGAGCGCGCACGUCAAGAGUACGCGCUAGGCCUGUCCCUCGCUGCCCUGUUCGACAUUACUGGUGCUGGCGACUUUCUUCGCGCUCUGUACAAACUCAUCGACGAGUGGGAAUCGUGGGCCGAGCAAGGUGGAAGCAGCAGGAGUGUGAUGCCUGGGCCUCUGCGCAACUUUUUCCGUCCCCAGCGCCAAAAGCCUCGUCCUAGCGCUGCCCAGAGUACGGCGACGGCAGAGGUCACUAUUGCACCUGUGGAUGCCCAAUCCGAGUCUUUCCUUGUGUUGGCUGUCAUGCCCUUUACGCCCGACUACUUCCAAGUCCAUGCAUCGACGUGCUCGAUCAUGCGCGACGUAUACAAGAAGCUUCUCGCCAUGGUCCUCCCGGCCUCGCGUGGCGGACGCGCCAGCACUACAGACUUUGGCACCAACAUGCUCCUCCACCAAUCCACCUUUGUUCUCCUUGGCCCUAAUGACGGCAACGGCCCGGCCACCGAUUUCGUCUCUGACGCAGCGCUACUCGGAUCGGUAGAAAUGCCGUCAAACCUCACGCUCGUGGGAGAGGGCCAAAAGCUCACUCCACCCGUGAUCGACCUGCUUCUCAAGGUCGACGCCAGGCUGAAGAAGCACUAUCAGUACCUCGCCAAGGACGGCGACACUCUCGCUCGUGCUGUGCUCGACACUGAGCUCACAACUUUGAGUCAGACGCUUGCCGGGGGCCCUGCGCUGCGUUUCACCGCGCCCACGCCGGCCACCUGGACCGAGGCCAACUAG